CUCUGUCUCUGGCAAUUAUAGAAACAUCACAUAACUACCAUGGCUAUAUAAUUGAGCCUUGGCUGUUGUUAGGCGUAUGGAUUCUCCUCUCCUUCCAGACGGUUGCCGUUCUUUCCUUCGAGCCGUUUCCCGUGCGUCGGUUUUCCCUCGUGCAUUUCAUAUUUUGGACUAGCAUUUUCGCUUUCAUCAUCCCUUGGACGGAGAUGUACCUUCUGUAUUUCAAUGAGACUCGACGAUAUCCAUCCCGGGUGGUGAUGUGGUUGUAUACCGCUCAAAGUGCUGUCGCCACGCUCUGCAUCGCAGUUUGCAGCCUACUACCGCGCCGGCCGGACGUGUACACAAACGGACAGAUGGUCGACCGGGAAUCAAUGGUGUCUCUAUUAGGGGCCAUGUUAAUGGCCCUGAAGCAAUAUACCAAUACGAAGUUGAAUAUGAACUCCACAGAGCGUGCCAUUGACUAUUCCCGUAUCCAGACAGAAGAUCAAGGAGGACUGACACCUCCAGCUGCCUGGCCGACAAGUGGACGGUUGGAGAUCGAUGACCUCGUGGUAGGCUAUGCACCCGAUCUCCCGCCUGUGCUGGACGGCCUCACUUUUAGCGUCGUGAACGAGAGAGUUGGUGUUAUCGGGCAUACUGGGGCAGGGAAGUCGACACUCUCGCUGGCGUUAUUUCGGUUCCUGGAAGCGAGACAGGGCAGUAUUUAUAUUGAUGGACUUGAUAUAUCGAGAAUAAAACUGCACGAUCUGCGCAGCCGGCUAGCUAUCAUCCCCCAAGAUCCGGUCCUAUUCUCUGGGACGAUCCGGUCGAAUCUUGACCCGUUCGACCAGCACAGCGAUGCUGAAAUUCUCGACGCCCUGGAAAGAGUCCAUCUGAUCAAGCACGCCAAGGAUUAUUCCUCCGACUCCAGCUCCAACUCCAGCUACGUGACGACAGCAGAUACUUUUGUAACGACACCAGAGACCUGGCCAGAACCAGACGACGGCGACAACGACACCACAAAUAUCUUCACAUCCUUAUCAUCAACAAUUUCAGAAGGCGGACUGAACUUUUCCCAGGGCCAGAGACAGCUUCUCUGCCUGGCGCGCGCAAUCCUCUCACAGCCCAAGAUCAUGAUCUUCGAUGAGACGACGUCGGCCGUGGACAUGGAGACCGACAAGUUAAUACAGCGCUCCAUUCGUGAGGAGCUUCCUCACAUGUCUACGCUCUUGAUGGCUACUCACCGGUUGAGCACUAUUGCGGGUUUUGAUAAGAUUCUCGUUCUGGACGCUGGCAGGGCUGUUGAUUUUGGGACACCGCGGGAUUUGAUGGAAGUUGAAGGAGGGAUGUUUAGGAGCUUUGUGGAGCGAAGCUCGGAGAGGGAAUUACUACAUCAAAUCAUUUAUGAGCGUUGAGGUUUGAUAUAAGUCGACAUUGAGCCGGUAUGGUUGUACAUUACAUAUGUGACUCUUGAAUACAUAGUGAAUCUUCGGAGUUGUUGAAGACUGUCCCUUGUCGGUAUUUCUGAACACUCAUACGUACUUGC